AUGUCUUCCGACGGUCUUCAAGAUGCUCCCUCCGCUGAGUUCCAGGACGACUCUUACGUUUCUCGCCCUGGUGAGAAGGAACAGCCCAUCCCAGUUCAGUCCGACUCCGAUCGAGUUGAGGAUCCCAUCGACGGAGAGCAGGCCGACACUGACGCUCAGCUUGAGCGCGAUGACAAGGAUGCUAUUGACGAAAGCAACAUCAUUGAAGAACGUACCCGUGGUGCUGCACAGCCCAGCGGUACCUAUCAGGAGCCUGGUGAUGAGGAGGGUCUCCCUUCUGACACUGGUCGAAGCUCCAACUAUUAA